GGCGUCUCCCACGUGCUAAUUUUCCCCGCACGCUUCUUUCCCCAAAACGGAAACACGAAAUCCAGGGUUUGGGGUGUUCGCCUCCAUAAUCCGAUCGAUUACUACCAAUUUCUCCUUCGAUUUCCUCCCUCCUCUUCAAUUUUCAGGAUCCGCGUGUUCUCUCUCCGCGAUCGGGAUUUCGCAGUUGUGUGUGUCCCAUUGCCUCAGUUUCUGGAUUUCUGGGGUAAAUUAUGGCUUCCUCGGAUGAUGAGGAGGAGAUCGUGCCGGAGGCGGUGACAAAUUACUACUUUGUCGAUGGGGACGAGUCGCCCAUAUCGUUCGCGGUGUUGCCUCUCCACUUCGACGGUGGGGAGAAACCUAAUGAGUCGGAAAAUGAGGUUUUCUUGCAUGGCACUACCGACGGAGGGCUUCAGAAGGUGUAUAAGCAGGUCAGUGUGUGGAAGCUAGGGUUUCAAGAUGUGAAGCAACCUGAAAUAUCGGUGCUCUCGAAGGAGGACGGCAGAUGGAUGACUCUCUUGAAGCCGCGGAACAGCUACGAGCAGAGUUUCCGGACUAUCAUGGUCACCGUGCAGAUGCUCCACUUUCUCAGGAAGAAUCCGGAGUCGUCGGAGAAGAGCCUGUGGGAUCAUCUGCGCAAAGUUUACGUGAAAUUUGAAGUUAGACCUUCGGAGGAUGACUUGAGGGAUCAUCUUUCGCUCAUCAGGCUUUUUGCUGAGAGAGAUGAGACUUUAGGAAAAUCUGCGCUUCUGAUGGGGUUCCUUACGGACAAGCCCAGAAAGAAAUUUGGCGAGGGUCAAGAUGCUAUGCAAUCUUUUAUUGCUGACGAUGAUGAGGUUGAUGAGAUCAUGGAAGAUGAUAGUGGGGAUGAGUCUGAUGAAGAUUCUGAUCUUUUUGAUUCAGUUUGUGCUAUUUGUGACAAUGGUGGUGACCUUUUAUGUUGUGAAGGUAAAUGCAUGAGGUCCUUCCAUGCCACCAGGAGAGAUGGCGAAGACUCGUUUUGUAGAUCGCUUGGCUACACAAGGGCACAAGUAGAGGCAAUCCAAAACUUUCUAUGCAAGAAUUGUGAAUUGAAGGAGCACCAGUGCUUUGCUUGUGGAAAAUUGGGGUCCUCUAAUAAAGAAGUUGGUACUGCUGAGGUAUUUCGAUGCGUUAUUGCCACUUGUGGACGCUUCUACCAUCCCAAGUGUGUCGCCAAACUACUCUUUCCCAAGGAUGAAGCCGAAGCAUCAGAAUCUGAGAGAAAGAUUAGUUCUGGGACAACAUUUACUUGUCCUUCACAUUUCUGUGUUACCUGUCAAGGAAUGGAGGAUAAAGAAAAUGAUGACUUGCGCUUUGCAAUGUGCAGACGCUGUCCCAAAUCGUACCACAAAAAAUGCUUACCAAGUGAAAUUUGCUUUGAAGAUGAUGAAGAGGAAGGUAUUAUACAGAGGGCUUGGGACGAACUACUACCCAAUCGAAGAAUUUUGAUUUAUUGCCUAAAACAUAAAAUGGACGAAAAUAUUCGAACUCCAGUUAGAAACCAUAUUGUCUUUCCUGAUGAUCCUGAAAAGAAGACAGCUACAGAAGUCCAGAAACAGAAACUCCAGAAUUUGUUGAAGAAGAAAAAGCCAGUUUCUGAUGACUUGUCUUUAGAUCGGGCUUCUGUAAAACCGAGAAUUGUGAAAGAAAAGUUUAUAGCAGAAAGUAAACCAUUAGUCAAAAUUGCAAGAAGUGUUAAAACCCAGCAUCCAGUUGCCGCUCCCAAGAAAGUAAAGCCUAUGAAGGAGAAAGUACGCUCUGACUUGGAUAAAGCUGAGGGAACUGCUUCAGAAAUUGAUAAACAACCUAUGAAGGGGAAGGCAAAAACCUUAGCUGCACCCACUGCUUCUUCAACUCCUACAGGGAAAGUGAUACACAGCUCGUUUCCUGGUAUAGAUAGUGAGACAGAAAAGAAAAUCAUUUCUAUAAUGGAAAAGGUUUCCUCUUCUAUAAAAUUGGACAAUGUCAUCUCAAAUCGCACGAUGCCAUCAACUUAUGCAUACUCUGCAAAACACAUUGACAAAGUUAUCACACGCGGCAAGAUUGAGGUUUCUCUUGAGGCUAUACAAGCAGCAAUACAGAAAAUAGAUGAAGGGGGAAACCUCGAGGACGCAAAAGCUUUGUGUGAGCCUGAGAUUGUGAAGCAGUUGAUUAAGUGGAAUGGUAAGCUCAAAGUUUAUCUUGCACCUUUCAUUCAUGGGAUGCGCUACACUUCCUUUGGUCGUCAUUUUACAAAACCGGACAAGCUCAAGGAGAUUGCUGACAAGCUUCAAUGGUAUGUGCAACCUGGCGACACGAUUGUUGACUUCUGCUGUGGUGCUAACGACUUCAGUCUAAUAAUGCAAGAAAAACUCGAUGCAGCCAGGAAAAGGUGCAAUUACAAAAAUUACGAUGUUCUGCAGCCGAAGAAUGAUUUCAACUUCGAAAAGCGGGACUGGAUGAAGGUGCACCCAAAGGAACUACCCAUGGGAUCACAACUGAUCAUGGGGCUUAAUCCGCCAUUUGGUGUCAAAGCAGCCCUUGCGAACAAAUUUAUCGACAAAGCCCUAACUUUCAAGCCAAAGCUCCUUAUUCUUAUUGUUCCCCAGGAGACUCAGAGAUUAGAGAAGAAGAAGACUCCGUACGACUUAAUAUGGGAGGAUGGUGAAAUUCUACGGGGAAAGGCAUUUUAUUUGCCUGGAUCUGUCGAUGAUCAAGACAAGCAAAUUGAGCAGUGGAAUGUGAAACCGCCGGUACUCUAUCUAUGGAGCCGUCAGGAUUGGACAUUGAGGCACAUGGAAAUAGCAACGGAAAAUGGCCACCUAUCUCGAGAGUUCGAUGAGGCCCGUAUUGAAACUGAAUUCUUAGAGGACACAAUCCAAGUGGAAGAAGAAGCAGCGCUUUGUGUGGAGAAUCAUAUGGACGUGGAAUAUGAACAAGAAGGUUCUAAUUCUAAUGUGUCUGGGAAAGAUACUUGGAGGGAGGAUAGCGAAAUUGCGGUAUCACGUACAGAUUCUACUUCGAAAGUAAGAGAGAUCCAGAAGGAAGAUGCCAAUAUCGUGAAUGAAAAUGCGAACAAGGGUGAAGACAACAGGAUCCUUGGAUCCCGCAUUGAUGCAAAUUCGAAAGAAAAGGAGACAUGCGGGGAACAUGUCGAGAACGUAGGCUUCACAUGCAUAGAUUCUAAGCCAAGAGAGAAAGAGGCUUGGAGGGAAGACAGCAAGAGUUCAGGAUCCCGCGUAGACGCUAAUGCGAGAAAUGAAGAGAGAGGAAAUGAUAAGGGAUCCCGCGUAGACACUAAUGUGAGAAAUGAAGAGAGAGGAAAUAAUAGGGAUAUUGGAUCUCACUACAAGAGGAAAUCACCUGAAAACCAAAAUAGCAAGAAGCGUAAGAGGAGGAGGAGGCAGAGUAAAAUGGCGGAGGGACUACAGUUUGUAAAUAUAGAUGCUUUGUCGGACAUGAGCAUCUCUCCCACUGAUUCUAGAGGGAGAAACCAGCCUAUUGGCCAAUGCGUGUUGGAACCUAUCGAAACUCCCCUAGAGAGGUUGAAUCAAUAUGGGAGCUACUCCUUGCCCCGCCCGGAAUACGGAACUAUGCCAACUACUGGGCUUAACACAAGCGCCCUCGACGAUAAUAUUGAGGAGUUAGUGCGGAAGUACACUGCACCGAACAAUGAAGGAUUUUAUAGUGGCAAUUCCCACAAUUGGUCUGCCAGUGGCAUUGGAAUCGGAGACUAUCCGAGACGUACCUCGGAGGAACGGUACCCAGACUUUGCGAUCGGAAGCAGCACCGCCGAGCCCUUUCGAAGGAGCCCGUUUCUCGAUGAUUUCAAUGGCUUUGGGAGAUUGGGGGAUGCCCCUGGGGAUACAAGGGUGCCGCAGAGGUCGCAUGCCAUGCAAGGAGACGAUUACCUAGAACGGAACAACAGAUAUUCGUUUGGGGGUUUGGAACCAAGGGUUGGCCUGCCGAGCGGUGUUUUUCCAUCUUCGUCCUCGUAUGCGUUAUCGACACCGAAUGCAGGGACAUCGGCCAUGGAUAGGUAUGCGCCCCGCCUUGAUGAGACCAACUAUAUGAUGCCCGGAAACCAUGGCUAUCAUCACCAGGGAGUGAGCGGCACGUAUGACAUGCACGCCAUGAUGAGACGGGACAGCAUGCCGCCACCCGAUCCCAUGCCGGGAUUUAGGCCUAGGCCUCAAAACCCUUAUCCGCAUCACGGCUCGUCCGGUGGGUGGAUUGACGGCUGACUUUGGCGACUUGUUUGCGCCUUCGUUGUUCGUAUUACACCAUUCCGACAUGAGUAGCGCUUGCCGAGACUCGGUUGCUGUAAAUAGAUGUUAAGAAAUUAUCCUACAUUUUAGUUAUGUGUGUUUGUUUAUCACUUGAAAUUUCCUGUAGAUCUUUUAUCUCCUUCCUGUGCUGCUAUGUAUGUUAUAAUCUGGUUUUGAGCAAAGUUAUCAUUUGACUUAAAUCUUCCAGAGAUGAGAUUGAGGUGAAUCUUUUUGUGAUAGUGAAUCAACGCAUAAGCCUA